AUGAUGCUGGAAAAGUGCUCCUUCUGCAGAAAAGGGGAGUGUAUCAAACCUGUGAAAGUGGAAAAAAAGCCUGGAAAUGCAGCAGCUAAGAUCAGAAUUGAAGCGGAUGGAAGCUAUUUUCAGAUCAAUCCGGAUGGAGGGGCGCAAAAACUGGAAAAGGCUAAAAUUACUCUGAACGACUGUUUAGCCUGUAGCGGCUGCAUUACCUCAGCGGAGAGCAUCUUAAUCACUCAGCAGAGCCACGAAGAGCUCUGCAAAAUCCUGGCUUUUAACAAGACUGCUGCUCCCAGUGAACAGAAAUUGGUGGUGGUUUCUGUUUCGCCACAAUCCAGAGCUUCCCUGGCUGCGAGGUGUAAAAUGGACAUUCUGGAAACAGCGAAGAAGCUGACCGCGUUCUUCAAGGGUUUAGGUGUGCACUACGUUUUUGAUACAACUUUCUCAAGAAACUUCAGCCUGCUGGAGAGCCAACGAGAGUUCGUAACGCGCUUUCGAAGGCAAGCUGAAGACAAACAGGCUUUGCCGAUGCUCGCUUCUGCCUGUCCAGGUUGGAUCUGCUAUGCAGAGAAAACCCACGGCAGCUUCAUCAUUCCUUAUAUCAGCACCACCAAAUCCCCCCAGCAGGUCAUGGGCUCCUUGGUCAAGACCUAUUUUGCAGAACAGCAGCACCUGACACCCGACCAGAUCUACCACGUCACAGUGAUGCCCUGUUACGACAAAAAGCUGGAGGCUUCAAGGCCAGACUUUUUCAACCAAGAGUACCAGACUCGUGACGUGGACUGUGUGAUCACCACAGGAGAAGUGCUGAAGUUGUUGGAACAAGAAGGAGUAUCUCUCUCAGAUGUAGAUCCUGCUCCGUUGGAUACCAUGUUCCGUAGCGCUGCAGAAGAGCUCACCGGCCACGCCGGAGGUGGCUCUGGCGGCUAUUUGGAGCAUGUGUACAAGCACGCGGCCCAGGAGCUCUUUGGAAUUCAAGUGGAUACAAUUCAGUACAAACCUUUAAAAAACAAGGACUUCCAGGAGGUCACGCUGGAGAAGGAUGGAGUAGUCCUGCUCCAGUUUGCUCUGGCCUACGGGUUUCGGAACAUCCAGAACUUGGUGCAGAAGCUGAAACGAGGGAAAUCGCCCUAUCACUACGUUGAGGUCAUGGCCUGCCCCUCAGGCUGUUUAAACGGAGGCGGUCAGCUCAAACCAGACGGUGAAUCGGGCAAGGAGCAGCUUCAGCAGGUCGAGAAGUUGUACGAGUCCCUAAAGACUGAAAUUCCAGAGCAGAACAGGACAGUGGAGGAGCUGUACGAGCGGUGGCUGGGCGGCGCCGCCUCGGAAAAAGCUGCAAAAGCUUUGCACACCGAGUACCAUGCGGUGGAGAAAACAAGCGCCGGGUUUAACAUCAAGUGGUGA